AUGUCUUUCGCCUUCGGCUUCACUGGUGACGACAUCGAAGAUGAAGAAGACACCCAAGAGCAAGAUGUGCUAGCAGCAAAAGUCUCAAAUUACAAAAUCUCCGACCCAGACCACCAACCUGUGGAGACGAUAGCGCCGAAAUGGCAUUCUUUCGAACAUCUGCUAUCAUCCCUUCCAUCUCAACUCUCAUAUAACACCAUCACAAUCCCAUCUCGGGCUGGCGUAGCCAAUAAACCUGAUGCUCUGCCUGAUCCCGGGCCCAGACACACGAGAACCACCAUCCACCGCCGCUCCUUAUUCGACAUCAGACAACAACUCAUGGCCGAAGCCGACCCAUCAGCCAACUCUGACGCAGACACACUCCUAUCAGGCCUACAGAACGGCGAUCUGACCUCAGGCAUCUACGAAGGCGGCUUCAAAACUUGGGAGUGCUCCCUUGAUCUCGCUUCGCUUGUCUCAAACCUCGACUUCAGCCAAGACUGGCACAUCAUCGAACUCGGCGCUGGGAGCGCGGUGCCUAGUCUCGCAUUGCUACGUGCGUUCCUGACAUCCCGUCAUACCCGCACCCUCAAAUUCACAUUAUGCGAUUACAACGAGGCCGUUUUACGGUUGUGCACAGCACCCAACAUACUACUAAACUACCUCCAGCAGAUAUCACAGCAUACUGCUCCACAUAACGACGACGAAGACGAGGAAGGGGACCUCGAUAUCGAGGAAUUGGGAGACAACUUCGUCCAGGACGCGAUACAGGAUAUGCAUUCGCGGAACCUAUCCUUCGACUUCAUAUCCGGCGGCUGGGGCGAGUCUUUCCUCGAGCUGCUCCAACAGACUGAUAGAAGCGUGAACACGCUCAUCCUCGCAUCAGAAACGAUAUACUCGCCUGCUUCCAUACAGGUUUUCACAGAUACGCUGGUCCAGUUGCUUCGACGGCAAACGACUGGAGGAGCGAAAGCUUGGGUCGCGGCGAAGAAAGUCUACUUCGGGGUGGGAGGAGGUGUGGACGAAUUCCUCGGUGAGGUCAGGAGUCGUGAUGCCAAAAGCACGGUUCUACUAGACACCAAGGACACGGGCGUUGGGCGAGUGGUUCUGGAAAUUACUGUAUAA